AUGGCUUCUACCACCACUUUCGAUUCCCCGGCAAGCUGGCCAAAUGGCCGCCCGCCGGUUGUGUUUUCUACCGAAAGCAAGUGGGAUCAUAUUUUCUCCUCCUUUACUUUGGACCAUCAGGUUCAGGAAAAGUACGCGGAAGCCAUUUUGGAACUCAAAGAAGAAGCAAGGAGCAUGUUAACAAUGGCUGAAGGGAAAACAGUGAGCGAGAGGCUAGUACUAAUCGACACACUCGAGCGAUUGGGAGUCGGAUAUCACUUUGAUCAACAGAUUGAGUAUCAACUUGAAGAUAUCUUGAUAAAGUUUGACUUAGAAAACGAAGGCUACGAUUUGUUCACUACUGCACUUUUGUUUCGUAUACUGAGGCAGCAUCGUCAUUAUAUCUCUUGCAAUGUUUUUGACAAGUUCAUUGACCAAGACAAAAGAUUCAAAGAAUCCUUGAGUGAUGAUGCUGAGGGGCUCCUCAGCCUCUAUGAGGCAGUCCACUUGAGAAUCCAUGGAGAACAAAUCUUGGACGAGGCUUUGACUUUCACGGUGCAUCAUCUGAAGCGUAUGGUACAACAGUUGGAGUCUCCACUUCAAGACCUUGUGAAGCGAGCUCUAGAGAGACCCCUUCACAGGGGCCUUCCACGAAUGGAAACUCGUCAUUAUAUUUCCUCGUAUGAGAAAUACGAUUCGAAGAACCAACAACUUCUUAAACUUGCCAAGUUGGAUUUUAAUUAUGUACAAAAUAUAUACAAGGAGGAGCUGCACAAACUUACAAGGUGGUGGAACGAACUAAACCCACACCUUCCGUACGCGAGAAACAGAGUUGUUGCGGCUUAUCUUUGGGGUGUCGCAUUCCAUUUUGAGCCGCAGUGGAAUAUUGAUGAAAUUGAUUGUCUUCCGGAUUAUAUGAAACCCAUCUACAAGUGUGUUUUGAAGAUGUAUGACGAAUACGAACGUGAAGCUGUCGAACGAGGGAAACCAUUUGCAAUUCCUUAUGCCAAACAAACCAUGAAAGAUAUAUGUAGUGCCUAUAAUCAAGGUCUCAAGUACACUAUGGGAGGACCAAUUACUUCAUUCGAAGACUACAUUCAGAUGACGGCGAUCUCAAGUAUAAUCUAUGUGGGUUGCGCUGCUACAUUUCCGGGCUUAGAAUCUUUGAGUGAAGAAGCCAUAGAUUGGUUCAAGAAUGAGCCAAAAAUCAUUAGGCCUUUGGCUGAGGUGUGCCGAUACUUAGACGACGUGGGGAGCUAUGAACGCGAGAGCCAAGAGGGAGCACUCCUAACAGGGUUGGAUUUCUAUGUCAAAUAUCACGGUGGAUCAGUGGAAGAGGCUAAGAUUAGGUUUGAAGAGCUGGCGGAGGAUGCUUGGAAACGUUUUAACACUGAAUGGGUAAUGAACCUCAAAAGCAGCGGCGUACCAAAGGAAGUGGUGGAGGAGCUUCUUGGCUACGUUCGAGCAGCCGACGUUGUUUACAGGGAUAGCAGGGAUGGAUACGCAAAAUGUCACAUCAUGGCACCCGAAGUCGAAGGCCUCUUCAUCGACCAUAUUAUUGUCUGA